AUCAUCACUGCACUCUCCUCACAUCCUAGUCUGUUGCAUCAUUCAGCCAACAUGGCUCGAUUGGCCAUAGACGACUACAAUCCUGACAUCGUCACCAUCAUAUGUUGCAACGACAGCUUCCAGCGUGCCCUCGACCACAACACCAUCAAGAUCCUGCUCAGAGUAUGCAAACGAGCCCGACCCCUCCUGAGCUCCAAGGUGCCUCGCUUCCACCGUUGGUAUCAGAGCAUGGAGCUACUCAAUCCAGAUGGACAGAUGCGGGUCGGACUCACACCAAGCGACGAGAUUGCCAUUUCACUUCACUGCGACGAUCCAGUCACCGCCGACCGAUCCUGGCUUGAAGAUAAUGCCACAGACGACCGAUCCUGGCUCGUUGCCCAAGCAGACCAUGGCAAUACUGCCGCGUCGUAUUUCCUGGCUCGGGUGUUGCAAUCUGAGAUCGGUGUACAGCGAUAUCUGACUUGGUUUGAGCUGAAUCCCACCCCGCCGCGAAUCUUUUACCAUCUGAAGAAUGCAGCUGAGGGCCAACAUUCAAUGGCGCAGUUCCACCUCGCCCAGUGUUAUCGCAACGGAAUUGGAGUCGAACAAUCCCCGGCCAAGGCUGUCGAGCUGUAUCGCAGUCUUGCAGAUCGCGGAAUGGCCCAGGCCCAAGUUGCCCUCGGCGGUUGCUUUGAGGGCGGCGAAGGUGUCGAACAAGAUUACACUACGGCCAUCGGGUGGUAUUCCAAGGCUGCCGACCAGGGCAACGAAGACGGCCGUCUCCACAUCAUGUUUCUCCGUGGAUGGCUCUCGUUCAUCGGCCACGGUGUCGAACAGAGCGACAAAGAUGCUUUCCAAAGCUGGCAGGAAACUAGCACCCAAUCCACCAACCCAGUUGUCAAGCCCAUCGCCACUCACAUGGUCGGAUGGAUGCACUACCUUGGCCGGGGCACCAUGCGAGACGAAAAGAAGGGAAUCAAGAUGAUCCGAGAGAACAGGUCGAAUGAAUUCCCGCUAGGGGAGGGCGAGUGCCUUACACCCUCUUACUGGGGUGCUAUGUCUAACUCACCCGCACCCCGCAAGUUCUUCAAUCUCUGCCAGCUGGGAUCGGACCGUGACUGGCUGUGCAGGCAUCUCAUGGCUUUGUGUAUGUUAUUUGGAUUUGGAACCACCCCGGAAGUGGAGAAAGCCGCUGGCAUCUUUGAGCACCUUGCCAACCAAGGUCACAGCGACAGCCAGUUGUGGAUUGGAGAUUGCUACUAUCAUGGUCUGGGAGUAACGCAUGACAAAGAGAGGGGCUUCCAGUGGUACAGCAACUCUGCCAACCAAGGAAACUCGUAUGGACAGUGGAUGGUCGGUCAUUGUUACUAUCACGGAUCCGGAGUUCCUAAAGACUACGCCAAGGCAGUCGAGUGGUUUCGCAAGUCGGCCGAACAGGAUAAUCGAUACGCACAAGGUGAUCUGGGCGAAUGCUACAAACAUGGCCGUGGUGUCCCACAGAACAUCGACAGUGCCGUCUUCUGGUAUCGCAAGUCCGCCGACCAGGGUUUCGAUUUUGCCAUCGCCAAACUCAAUGAACUCGGACUGUGACCCUGAUCCCCGAGUCCCACU